AUGCUCCAGUACCAGAAGAAUGGGAAUUACAACUUGAGCAACAACAACAACAACAACAACAACAGCAACAAAGGAAAUAUAAAACCUGAUACUAUUGGAAAUUCCCCAAAUGGAGGAUCCACUACUGGAGAUGGAGAAAAACCUGGAUUGGACAAUCAAUCCAAUGGAAAUUCUGAUAAUGGAAAUUCUGAUAAUGGAAAUUCUGAUAAUGGAAAUUCUGAUAAUGGAAAUUCUGAUAAUGGAAAUGGUGAAACACAGAAUCUUACUGGAGAUAAACCUGGUUCCGAAAACUCCUCAAAUGGAAAUGAAAGUUCUGGAAAUUUACCAAGUGAAGGAUCCGGUAAUGGAAAUGAAGGCUCUGAUGGCUCCAAUAAUGGAAAUGGUGAUUCAUCUAAUACUUUAGGUGAAGAAUCAUAUGAAUCGGGAACUCAACAGAGCGGUGAUUCAAAUAAUGGAAACACCGACUCAUCCAAUAAUGGUGAUACAUUCAAUAGUUUUGGAAGCUUACCAAAUGGUGACUCCAGCAAUGGAAAUGGUGGUUCUAACAACGGUAAUGAAGGUGUUAGCAACGGUAAUGGAGAUUCUAGUAAUGGUAAUGGAGACACUAACAACAAUAAUAGUGUCUCUAACAAUGGCAACGGAGGAUCAUCUACUGAUAAUGGUGAUUCAAAUAAUAACAAUGGAAAUAAUGGAGCUGAUAAUUCAUCGAAUGGAAACUCCGAUAAAGAUAAUGGAGAUUCUUCAAAUAUCGAUAGUGGAAAACCCGGAGAUGACAAAUUACCAAAUGUUGAUUCAAAUAGUGAAACUGGUGAUUCUAAUACAAGCAGUGGAAAUGAAGGUUCUGGAAAUUCAUCAAACGGGGAAACCAAUAAUGGAAAUGGUGAAACCAAUAAUGUAAAUGGUGAAACCAAUAAUGGAAGUGGUGAAUUCUCUAAUGCUAGUGGUGAUAAACCUGGUUCAGACAAUUCAUCAAAUGGAAAUGAAGGUCCUGGAAAUAUCCCAAAUGGCCAAUCGUUUAAUGUUUUAGGUGGUGGAUUACAUGGAUCAGAAAGUGUUAAUAAUGGUGAUUCAAAUAAUGGUAAUGGUGAUGUAUCCAAUUCUGGUAACUCUGACUCAUCAAAUAACAGUAAUGGAGAGUACAACCAGAAUAAAGAAGAAUUAUCCAAUUAUACAAAUGAACCAAGUAGAACUUUUGAAGAAAUAUCAUCUGCAUCUGAAAUUGAAGUUUCAUCAAGUGAAGUUAAUGAAAAACCUACCGGUACAGAAAUCAAUAAUUCACAAAAUGGAGAAUCAUCCAAUAACGGAAAUAAUGAAUCAUCAAAUGGAGAAUCAUCCAAUAUGAAUAAUGAAAACAAAGGAACUGAUAAUUCACAAAAUGGAGAUUCAAACAAUGAAACUGAUGAUAAUGAAAAUAAUGAAAUUAAUUCAAAUAAAGAUGGUGAGAAUGAAAACACUGAAGUGGUUACUCCAACUAAUUAUUUAGAUAUUUCUGCCAUUGAAACAAACUCAGAAUUGGGUAUUGAUUUAGUAUUAGAUCUUUCUAUGCAACUUGAAUCGGCAUCUGAGGUGAUGAUUUUCUCAGAGACAGAUGCAACCAUGUCUGAAUUGUCUUCAUCUGAAACAGAAUCCUCAAUUGACUAUCCACCUGCCAAUGAAAGUAAAGAUGAAUCCAAAUUAGUCACAAAUGAAGGUACCGAAUCAUUACAUCAUACAACCAUAUCUACCAAUGAUAAUUCAGAUGGUGUUGGUACAAAUACACAAGAUCCUGAAUUUAUAAUGAGUUUAGAACUGGCUUCAGAAUUAAAUAUUGGUUUAGAUUCACUGGUAGAAUAUGAAACUGAUGUUCAAGGAUCAUUAUCAUUAUCACAAUCAUUAACUUUAUCAAAUCAAGGUCAACCAGUUGAAUUAACUUCAUCAUCUUUAUCUACCGAUGAUAUGUCAGGAGUUACAACUGAUGAAAAAUAUAAACAAACUCUUGCUGCUGGGAACCAAGAACAUGUUGAACCUUCUAAAAAUGAAAAAAUUCCAGAAUUUUCAUAUUCUUCAGAAGUUAGUCAGUCAGAUAAUGAAUUCACAUUCAGUUUAGAAUCUGGAUCUGUCAUCAUUAUAGGAUCAGAUUUUUCAGAAACAACUAAUUUACAAGAAGGUGAGGAAACCGGAAUUGAAUCAGAGAUACAAAUGUCUUUAGUUGAAGGUGGUAAUAGUGGUAAUUCUGUUGCUUCUACCACAACUGAUGAUCGUAAUACUAUUAAUUUCCAAGAACCAUCAGAAAUUAAUGUUGAUGAAGAAUCAAUUGAAACUGGAUUCAAUAAUAAUGAAGUAAAUAAAGAAACCCAAACAACUAAAGAUAACAAUUUCAAUGGUAAUCAUGUUGGACCAUCAACUGAAACAGAUACUGAGGAAAAUUAUCGUCCUGGACUCUUUGGAGCUCCUCAGUUUGGUUACUCAGAAAUAGUACAAGCUGGUGCUGCUGGUGCUACUACUACUACUUCUGGUGCUGGUGCUACUACUACCGCAACUGCUACUGGUGCUACCACUGCUACAGCUACUGAUGAAACUGGAAAUGAAUUAGAAUUUAUAUCACAAGAAUCGAACAAUGGAGUUGGUAACAAUAAUAAUGCUGAGUCAUCUGAUAAUGGAAUUAAUGGUUCUAAUAAGUUGACAAGUAAAAAUUCAGAAGAAUUGGAUUCUAUGAUUAUUACAGAAUUUUAUUCAUCAACUAUUCCAUCAAGUUUUGCAUUUUUAGUAACUUCUAAUGUUCAUUUUACUAAUCCAACAUCUGAAGAAAGUUAUUUAAACAGUCAAUCAUUUGAUUUUUCAAAUGAUAUUGCUCAUUCUACUAGUGAAAUUAAAUCAUUGAUAGAUUCUCAUCAUAAUACUAAAUUCACCCUGCUUGCUGCUGAAAUUGGAAUUAUUCCUUCAACUACUGAGCCAAUUAUUAAUGUUGGAGCUCAAUUUGGUAUCACUGAUAAUAUGUUAACAACAACUGGAACAACUGGAACAGGAGCUACAGAUGUUAUUGGAGAUAGUGAUGAUAAUUCAUUUGAAAAUAUGUCAAAUGAUAAUCAAGAACCACAUCCAACUGAUUUCAUUUAUCCAUCUGAUAAUUCUAUUGUUGACGAGAAUAAUAACAGUGGUACUGUUGAAAACUUUAGUUUGUCCAAUUCUGAAUUAACUUCUACUUCUAAUGGAUUAAUUCAAACUGAUGAUAACUCCGAAGUAACUAAUUCUGAUGAUAUGAAUGGUCAAUCAAUGACAAGUAAUUCUGUUGAUCCUGAAGUUACAAAUGAUAAAAGUUCUACAACUAAGAUAUAUUCUGAAAGUGAUAUUGAAUCAUUGAUUAAUGAAAUAUCCACCAAAAUUAAUGAAUCUAAGAAAUCAUCAUCUUUAUCAACUACAGACAAAUCCAAGACAUCAAAUAAUGAAGCAAAUGAAACUGAAAAUUCUCUGAAUGUUUCUUCUUUUGACAACCAAGAAGGUGUUAUUCCAUCACAACAAUCAUCCUCAUCUGAUAUAGAUGAAUCGUCCAAUACUUCAACCCUUUUUGUUUCUGUUAUUGAUGGUUCUGCUGUUGUUGUAGUUGGUUCAAAUACACUUUUACUUUCAGUUAUUGAUGAUGGUAAAUCUAGUAUUUUACCAGAACAAGAAUUUAUUGAUCCUUCAACUAUGAUAAUUUCAGAAUCACUUGUUGCUCGUGAUUCAUCUUCAUAUGAAGAUGAAGAUAUUUAUACUACUGAAGAUUUUGAAUUUGAAACAUUUGAUAAUAGUCAAAAUUUUAUGAGUGGGUCAUAUACACAAGUUGAAGGACUUAUUGAAUCUAAAACCCUGGAAUUUAUUGAUAAUGAAGGUGGUAUUACCGACGCUGCGGAAAAUUCUAAUCAGUAUGUCGAUCAAGCUAAUCCAUCAAUGACUACUGGUUAUAACACUGGAAAUGGCUCUGGAAUUGGAAAUGGAAAUGGAAAUGGAAAUGGAGAUGGUGAUGCAACAGGCAAUCCAAAUGGUGUUGGUAAUGGUAAUCCAAAUGGUAACGGCAACGCCAAUGGAAAUGAAAAUGGUGUUGAAAAUGGAAACGGAGCUAACAAUGAUUCUGGUUCUGGCUCAGAUUCUGGUUCUGGUUCUGGUUCUGGCUCAGAUUCUGGUUCUGGUUCUGGAAAUGGCUCUGGAAAUGGCUCUGGUUCUGGAAAUGACAAUAACAAUACUGGUCUGAUAACAUCAACCGAAGCAUUAGGUAUAACUUCAACAAUAGAAUUUGAAUCAGGACAUUCAACAGAUCUUGGAGAUUCUGACAAAGAACAAGAAGAAAAAGAAGAAGAGUAUUGGAAUUCAUCAGAAUUAGCAAAUAAAGAUAAAAUUUCAAUUGAUAAUGAAUUAUUAUUUGAAUAUGAUAGUAUGUGUACUAUUGAAGAAGCAAUUACUGUUGCUCAUAAUACUUGUCAUCCAUCUGCUUCUAUAUUAAUUGAAAUUCCAACAACUCUGACUGGUGGUGCUAAUGGUAAUUUAAUAUCUUUCAUUUCUCCUGUCGUAAUAUUUGUUGCAAUGGUUUUAUUCUUAUAA